AUGGUGCGUCUUGUGGUUCCGCCCGUCGAGGCACGGCUCCAUAAUACGCUAACGGCGCCGCUUGAAACUGGCGUUCUUAACGACGACGUCACGUGGGAAAACACCGUUCUACCACUGCUUCUUGAUCGAGUGAGGUCAGUCAAGGCAGCAGUGCAUCAGGCCCAGACGACCAAUGCCAGUGGACCUUCAGCUAAAGAUGUGGAUACGAUAUCGUCUUCGUGUGAUAAGAUCGAGAAACACUUGAAGACGCAAUUCGCCAAUGGCGCUCCGUUCACGAUCUAUAGAUUGGCUGAGUUGGUGCUAGAGCCUGAGAAGUCUGGCUACCUGCUUGCUACUGUACAGCUGGCAGAACGGUACUUGGCUGCUUUUGCACGGACUGUCUUGGUGCUGUCGAAGGAAACAGAGCAUCUUGCUAAGGAGGAAGAGAAUGGCGUGGGACACCUCAAUGGGUCUAAUGGAUCACUUCCUGAGCCCAGUGAUGAGCCAAAUAGAGCAACGCCAGCUCAAUACGAAGAGUAUGACCUUCCCAGGGAUGUUACGUUCUUGUCGCUUCCUUGGGCACAUCCAUCGAAGAACACCAACGAUGACGAUCACGAAGAAGAGGAAACGCUGCCUUCCAAGAAACACAAAAGUUCAGGUCAAAGCCAGCUUCUAAGCCCGCUUCGGGAAUCGCUGCUGAAAGAUAAAAACCGUCUGAAAUCACCUCCAGACCAGUCAGAGCCUACAUCGGAAUCUCUGAAUAUUCUAUGA